UUUUUUUUUUUUACAAAUAUUAAUGUCUUUAUAGAAAGAAUGAGUUCAUCAUACCCUAUUCCUCAUCAAAUUUUAUCAAAUAAUAGUAAAUAUAUAUAAAUAUAUAUAUUACAACUAGGUAAUCAGUUUUAAAUUCUACGAACUAAUUUUGUCUUAUAUACGUACAAUAGCAUCACAGAAUUAUGAAUAUUAUUCUAACUGUUCCAAGCCAUCAACAAUAAGAGAAGAGUGCGAAGAAUGUGAUCAUGAAGAAGAUAAUAGCUGCUAUUCAUCAGAAGGAUAUAUACAUUCUCCUAUGAAUAGUAGUAGUAGUAGUAGUAGUAGUAGUAGUAAUGAUGAUCAGACUCAUUUAUCAAAUCUAAAUACAACAACAGCAUCAUCCUGGAUAGAAGAACAACCAUCAUCAUCACCCUCUUUAUUUUAUAACAAUAGUUCUUUAUCAUCAUCCUAUUGUUGUGAUUGUCGAUAUGAUGCAUGUAGACAUCCAUCUAAUGAAUCAUCGAAAAUAAAUGCGGCAUCAAGCGCAGUAGUAGUAGUAGUAGAUCAAGAAAGAAGCAGAAGCAACAGCAGUAGCAGUAACAGUAACAGUAGCCAAUCAUCUAUAAGUACUCUAUCAAAGCGACGACGAGAAAGACGUAAAAGAGAAGGAUGGAAAUAUUAUGCACUCUGUCAUUGCUGUUGUGGAAGAGAUAGCUUCUCUUCUCGAAUGACUGUCUUUUGUAUCUUUAGUAUUCUUAUGUUGGGAGCCUUUGCUGCCUUCUUUUGUUGGCCACGUACGCCUAGGGUGUCGAUGGGUGGAGGAGUUGGAUCAUUGAGUGGAUCCCUGAUGGAAGAGAUACCUCUUCGACCUUCCCUUCAAGCCACAUGGCAAGUGAAUGUGACACUCGAUAAUCGAGACAACUGGAUUCCAGUUUACAUUCAACAGAUGGAUUUUGUCAUGAUGGACAGUUUAACAUUAGCUAAAAUUGCUUGGGCCACAACUUCGGCACCUUUUGCAUUGGAACCAGGACUUAUUUCACCUUUGACCCUCACUUUUAAUGUAGAUUAUCAGGCCGCUGAUCAAACAGAUCCUACAUUUCAAAAUUUGUAUAAUGCAUGCGGACCACAAAGGAGCCCGAAGCAAAGGCCUGCUUUAAAUGUUAUAUUAAAGGUUUCAUUUCAUAUACUUGGAAUUGUAUGGACACCUGUGGUUACAGCUACACCUUAUACAGGAGGCAUUUUAUGUCCAUCAUAAACAUAUCAGUCAUUCUAUUUAAUAAUAUAUAAAUU